GUACAACCAACCAACAUUUCCUUUAUCCCCCGUUCUGCUAUAGUUGCGGCCCAUUGCCCACAUAUUCAUCAUCGUUGGUGGCGCUGUCUGACAGAGAACUGAAGAGAAAUGCAAGCCCUAAUCAUCCUAUUGCCAUACUAAAACCCGCAUAAUUACGACGAGCACGGGCACUACCGAACUCCACCUACGUAUACCUCCAAAACACAACACUUGCUACCACGAACAACUUCGAUUAAAGGAGUCGCAUAGACAGUGGAAAGAUCUUUGACAGAUCUUGAACCCUUCUCGAGCCAAACCCAACUCUCAAUCGCAGGUUCGAACCGCCAAUAUGAAUAGGAUUAAAUCCGCCGCAAGGCGCGAGGCUUGGUCCGACUCAAGGAAUCCAUUUAGCCGCACCAGGAGCCAUGAUCCGAGGACGACAUACGACGAAGAAGAGGCGGUGCCUCACGUACGCCACGCCAACACCGAGCCAGUACCACACAGCCCCAUCGAGCCUGGAAUCAUAAACCGCCCAGGAAGCCACGCCGGCUCCGCGACCGCCCCCGCCAUCUCCGCAGCCGAUAAAGAAGCCGGCAUCACGAGCGAGGAUACCAUAGUCCCCGGAACUGGUUCCACCGCCCGGCCGCGGAGCGAGGAGGAGAAAGCGCGCUCUCGCUUCCUUUCCAGGUUCGGGAAGCACAGUAAGGAGGAGAAGAGGCCUGAGACUACGGAUUCGGAGGAGACGAAGGCGCCAAAACAUGCAAACAAGAAGUUCACUGUUGCCAGCCAGAUUAGAUCGAUAUUCCUAGGGUCAUGGGUCAACAUCUUCCUCAUCGCCGCGCCAGUCGGUAUUGCCCUGGGAGCGACGCACCAGAACUUCAUAGCCGUCUUCGUCGUAAACUUCAUCGCCAUCAUCCCCCUCGCCGCGCUCCUCUCCUACGCCACCGAAGAAAUCGCCCUGCGCGUAGGCGAGACCCUUGGAGGACUCCUCAACGCCACAUUCGGUAAUGCGGUCGAAGUCAUCGUCUCAGUCAUCGCUUUGACAAAAGAUGAAAUCGUCAUCGUCAAAACCUCCCUCAUCGGAUCCAUCCUCUCCAACCUCCUCCUCGUCCUGGGUAUGUGUUUCCUCUUCGGCGGUCUCCGUCGCGAAGAGCAAUUCUUCAACACAACAGUCGCCCAAACCGCCGCCUCCCUCCUCGUCCUCGCCAUCGCCUCAGUCAUCAUCCCCACCGUCUUCGACCUCUGGGUCUCCAACACCGGCGUCGACAAGGUAGCCGCCAUCUCGCGCGGCACCUCAAUCAUCCUCCUCUUCGUCUACGCCAUGUACCUCCUCUUCCAGCUCAAAACGCAUUCUACAAUGUACAACGAGGAGUCCCGCAAAGUCCCAAUGAAGCCACGCAAGAAGCAUCUCACGCCCGGUAAUAUCCAGCGUGGUCUCGCAGCCGCUGGGGCCGUGGGCGCGGCGCAGGGACGCACGGCGGGGGAUAGUUUGAAUGAGGGGAAUGAGCAGGAUGGACUUAUGAAUACGAUGGCGUAUGAGCAGACUCCCGAUGAGCCAGAGGAGCCGCAGUUGCACAUCUACACCGCUGUCAUCCUUCUCGCUGCAUCCACAGCCGUCGUUGCAGUCUGCGCCGAAUACCUCGUCGGAUCCAUCGACGCCAUCACCGCUACCGGAGCCAUCAGCACCGAAUUCGUCGGCCUGAUUCUCCUCCCCAUCGUGGGCAAUGCGGCGGAACACGCGACGGCUGUGACGGUGGCGAUUAAGGAUAAGAUGGACCUUGCGAUCGGGGUCGCGGUGGGGAGUAGCAUGCAGAUUGCGCUGCUGGUGCUGCCGUUUACGGUGUUCCUGGGGUGGUGUAUGGGGAAGGAUGAGAUGAAUUUGAGUUUUGAUGGGUUUCAGGUUGCGGUGCUGUUUGUGACGGUUUUGUUGGUUAAUUAUUUGAUUUCGGAUGGAAAGUCACAUUGGCUUGAGGGCAUCAUGCUUAACUGCCUCUAUGUCAUCAUCGCAGUAACCGCAUGGUUCUACCCCAAAGUCGAAGGCCUAGCCUAGAGGGACGAAAAAAAACCCCCUCUCGACUUCAAAAUACGUUCCGCCUACCCAAGGCCGUCAUUCAUUCCGUCUCUCGUCGACACCUAUUUUCAUUUUAAUAACACGCGCUAUCGAAUGUCAGAACGGCAACAGAGCUCAGAUCAGACCAACCUUCUUGUUUGUAUAUUUUUUUUUCUUUUUAACAAUCGGUAUAUAUACCCCUCCACCUGGAUGGAUGGACUGUUUUCAUAUGUUUGGGCGGGCGGAUGAGAUCCUGGUUUUUAUAGAUUUUUUGCGUGUGCGCAAGACAUGGAGUUACUUAAAUAGUUGUCUGUAAUAUGAAC